GCUGCCCUGGGGCUUAAAUUCAUCUGGAAAUCUCCAAGUCAAGCAGGCAGAUCUCAGAGGAGCCCACCCAGAGAGGAAAACACUGCACGGCUGCCGCCUGAACCACAGCAACAAUGAGUAAGAGUGCUGAUGAAGAUCAGGUCAAAGAUAGACUGCAGCAGUUGAGAUGCCAUUUCACAUGGAAGUUGGUAAUUGAAGACGCUGAAGUGCCUGAUUUAGAAAACAGGGUCUUCGAUGAAAUUGAUUUCCUAGACACAAAAUUUAAUGUGGCGAUACACAACCUCCUGGCCUAUGUGAAACACCUGACAGGCCAGAAUAAGGAAGCCCUGCAGAGCUUGAAAGCAGCUGAAGACUUAAUCCAGACAGAACACGCCAGACAAUCAGACGUGAGAAGGCUGGUAACCUGGGGCAACUAUGCCUGGCUGUAUUACCACAUGGGCAGGCUGGCAGAAGCCCAGAUUUACCUGGACAAGGUGGAGAACACUUGCAAGCAGCUUGCCAGUCCCUCCUGCUACACAGUGGAGAGUCCAGAGAUGGACUGUGAGGAAGGAUGGGCCUUGCUGAAAUGUGGAGGAAAGAAUUAUGAACGGGCUAAAGCCUGCUUUGAAAAGGCUCUGGAGGUGGACCCUGAAAACCCAGAAUUCAACACAGGGUAUGCCAUUGCUGUGUAUCGUCUGGAAGGAUUCAACACAGCACCGCAGACUGACAAGACAUUUUGUCUGCACAUCCUAAAACGGGCCAUCAGACUAAAUCCAGAAGAUGCAUAUAUGAAGGCUCUCCUUGCCCUGACGUUUCAGGAUAUCGGACAAGAAGCUGAAGGGGAAAAGUACAUUGAAGAAGCACUGAGCAACAAGUCUUCUCAAACCUACGUCUUUCGAUAUGCAGCCAAAUUUUACCGAAGAAAAGGCUCUGUAGAUAAAGCUCUUCACUUCUUAAACGUGGCUUUGCGGGCAACACCCUGCUCUGCGUUCCUGCAUCACCAGGCAGGGCUUUGCUAUAGAUCACAAAUUUUUCAAAUAAAGAAAGCUACAAAGGGGCAGCCUAGAGGACGAGAUAGAGAACAUAUUGACAGAGUAACAAAAUUAGCCAUAUCUCAUUUAGAAUUUGCUCUGGAACAAAAACCAACAAUGGAAAUUGCUUAUAUUCACCUAGCAGAUAUGUACUCAGAAGCAGGAAACUACAGUAAAGCCGAAGAUGCUUAUAAAACAGUGUUGAGCAUGAAAUCAUAUGGAGAAGAAAAAUUGCAAGAGAUAUAUUUCAAGUAUGGCCGAUUUAAGGAAUUCCAAAGGAAAUCUGAAGAUGAUGCAAUUAUUUCUUAUUUAAAAGCAAUAACAAUAGAAAAGCCAUCAUUUUCAAGAGAUAAAAGUCUCAGUGCUUUGGAGAAACUGGUUUUAAAGAAACUUCAAACAAAUGAAGCAGACAUAGAAAACUUGAGCAUCCUUGGGUUCGUCUACAAAUCGAGAGGAGAAAUGAACAAAGCCCUGGAGUACUAUGAGCAGGCCCUGAGGUUGGCUGCUGGCUUUUAGAACUCUGCUGGGAAGUGUUCCUUAGGUUCCAAAAUACAGACCACUUUCACAUUUCAUUUGAUUUUAGGUUACUGUGUACUAACCAUCUUUUCUGUUUGCUGGUUUUAGAAACAUGUAUUUUUUGAGCAAUUACACUUGAUAAAAUAUUAUUUGUAUUCAGAAACAGGAUAUGUAUGCUUUUGUGUGUGAAAGAGAGGAAGAGAGACAUAAACUUCAGGUCAGAAUAAUGUUGUAUAUUUGGGGGUGGAAAAUUCUGCUUUUCUUUGGUGAAGCAAUUGGACAUUUUGUGGAAACCUCAUGCGGUUUACCAUCUAGUGAGAGACAGACAGUAAAACAAGGACAUAGUCCAUUAAAGGUCAGCUUUC